AUGGAGAUACCCGUUGAUCUAUCUGGAGUCAACUUAGAGUGGAUUGGGCAUGGCGCUUCGGGAUCAAUAUUUCUUAUUGACUCUUUCGAACCAGCAAUUUCAUUAAAACACAUCAUCACCAGAGCCGAUACUCGCCGAAAUGAGUUCCUUAUUGAAGUGGAAACUCUCAAACGAUUAAAUCACCCUAAUAUUGUGAAAUAUCUCGGAAUCGGAAAAUUCAAACAAAAACGGACAAACAUUUGGGCUGAAGGGAUCUUGAUGGAAUAUUGUGGGCGAGGCGCUCUGUGCCACUUAAUUGACAAUCCGGCCAUAAUUUACACAAUUUACAACGUAGUUUCAUGGACGCGUCAACUGAUUAAGGCUUUGGGAUAUUUAGCCGAGAAUAGAGCGGUUCACCGAGACAUCAAGCCAGCCAAUGUUUUUGUUAGCACAUACUUUGAGCUAAAGUUAGGAGAUUUUGGAUCAAUUAAAGAAAUCACUCGGUCAUGCUCAUCAUUCACGCCAGCGGUGGGCACGAGGCGAUACAUGAGCCCAGAACAGUCAAAAAGCAUCUCUGGAAAGAGGUUGUCGCAUCGAAGUGACGUCUACAGCAUGGGCUUAGUCAUUUGGGAAAUGAUCGAACGGAGGAAAGUCUUUGCUCGAUUUGGCAGCCACUAUGACUACGGGCUAUUCGCUACCGAAGACAGGCAACUCAUCGACGUUGAGGUGCUUGAAUGUGAACCUGAAAUUCGUUUCACUGUUGAAAAG